AUGCGAUCACUCCUUUCCCUUGUCUCUCUGGCGACAGCCAGCACCGCGCUCCUCGUCCCGGGUCCCAGCGGUCCCUACGCCGUCGGCUUCAGCACCUUGGUCCUCACCGACAGCAGCCGCCAGGAUCCCUUUGCGCCGACGCCGCAGAAGCGUCGUGUGCCCAUAUCCGCCUACCUACCGGUCGAUGUGAGCAAGAAACCAUGCCGCAAGCAGACGCGCCCGUACAUGACCCCCGCAGUGGCGGCGUACUAUGACCAGGGCGCAGCGCAGCUGGGGCUGGCCAACGACACCUUUGCCAAGUUUGACAUGGAGUAUUGCAAUCUCGAGAAGCUGUGCGGCACAAAGACGGGCGGAAACUUCCCGCUGGUUCUAUACGACACCGGCGUCGGUCCUCCUCGCAGCCUGUACGGCGCAAGGGCGAGGGAUCUUGCCAGCCAGGGCUACAUUGUCGUGACCGUCGACCACCCCUACGACGCCGAGGUUGUCGAGUUCCCCGACGGGUCGAUCGUCAAAGCAACCGCCUUCAACGGCACGGAGGCUGAGAUUAUCCACUUUCUCAAGGUUCGUGGUCAAGACCUCUCAUUUGUGCUCGCCCAGCUGCAGACCAGUAGCGUGCACGGGAAGCUGCUCGCGCACUACCCGUCCGCCAUUGACUUUUCGCGCACCGUCUCUGUCGGGCACUCGCUCGGUGGCGUCGCCUCGGAGCUCAUCGCCAACAGCGAGCGCCUCGUCCGCGGCGCCGUCAACAUGGACGGCGGCAUCCGCGAGCCCGUGCUCAGCGCCGGCGCCACCAAGCCCACGAUGCAGUUUGGCCGCGCCGGCCACGGCGACACGGACCCGACUUGGGACGAGUUCUGGCCGCGCCUGCGCGGGCCGGCCGCCGAGAUUGCCCUCGCCAACGCCACCCACGGCACGUUUACCGACGCCCUGACGCUGGUCGGACCUCUGCUGGGCAGCCUGCCCCCGGCGGUUGUCAAGGGCGUGCAGCAGGAGCUGGGCACCAUCGAUCCCAAGGAUGCUGAAAGGGCCAUUACGGGGGCGUUGGUGGCUGGAUUGGAGUUUGUCUUUGAGGGCCGCUCCGAGGGGAUUGACAAGAUUCAUGAGCACUAUUCGAGCAUCGCCCUCGUGAGAAGCCACCUUUAA